CAAAUUAAAAACCCCAAAAGCAGACAAAGUUUCCUAUACUGUUUGGCUCCUAGGUUCUAUCGAGUUGCUUUUGCUUCUCUUGUUCCUAAUCCCUUACCCUCUCGCAGGUAGCAACAUCAAAUUCAACAAAAAGCAUGGAUCUAUCUACACUGUUGCUAGCAGUGCUCUUCAUCGCAGGGCUCAUAAACAUUUUCUUCUACGUGCCCACCAACAAGAUCAGAACGUGGCUUCAAAUUUUCUCCCCCAACAAUGCUUGCAAAACCCACUUCCCCGCCUCUCCCUCUUCUCCAACGGUGGGGAAGAGAGACAUCUACAAAACAGAAGAGCUCAGAAGGGUGUUCUCCACUUUCGACAAGAACGGUGACGGGUUCAUAACGAAGCAGGAGCUGAGGGAGUCCCUAAGGAACAUCAGAAUCUUCAUGACGGAUAAAGAGGUCGAUGAUGUUGUUGCCAAGUAUGACUCCAACCAUGACGAGUUACUCGAUUUCCAAGAGUUUUGCCUUUUGACGUGUGAGUCUUUGGGAGGAAACGAGGAGGGAGAUGAGAAAGAGGGUGGUGGUGUUGGAGAGGAGGUGAAUUUGAAGGAGGCUUUUGAUGUGUUUGAUAAAGAUAAUGAUGGCCUUAUUUCGGUGGAGGAGCUAGCUUUGGUGCUUACUUCCUUGGGGUUGAGGGAAGGGAAGAAGAUCGAGGAGUGCAAAGAGAUGAUCAAGAAGGUUGACAUGGAUGGAGAUGGAAUGGUUAACUUCAACGAGUUCAAGAAAAUGAUGAUGACUUCAGGAGGAAACCUUGCCUUUGCUGCAUAGUACUACUCCAUCACUUCACAGGUUCUCUCUUUUAUUUUCAAUUCAGAUUCCUCAUCAUUAACUCCAAAAUUAAACAGUUAUCAUUGUGUGUCUAUGUAUAUAACAUCAUGGUUCAUCGCUACAUCAUCAUCAUCAUCAUGUAUACGUUUCAGAUGAUACAUGAAAUUAGAUGAAAUACUGCUCUGAUCGAUUUAGUAAAUUUGUAGUGAAAAUUAUUAAUUAAUUUUCUCUCUGUUUAUGUAACUCAUGGGUCAUGGGUAAUGAGACCCACUAUUUUUUUUUUUUUUUUUUAUCCUUUGGCAAGGAAUUUGUUUUAAUUUCUUUAAAUUGUCUGCGUGGAUAUACAGUAACCAACAUUCAGCUUACAGUUGCGUUUUGCAGCACAAGAAAGUGUUGAAUUUCCAGCUUU